CUUAAACACCCCCUGAUAAACAUCUCUGCUGGUUGAAAACAAAAUAUUUUCUAGUCACUGUAUGGGUCUUCUGCAUCGCGGUGGGGAGAGACUGCUACCUGUUCUGUGUCUGGCAAGUGGGUCACAGAUUUAUCAACGUGUACACAACUCUGCUAAUGCUUCACAACACGAAUCAAACAAUUGUGUUGCUCCUGAGGCAAGGAUUUGUGAACAUUUCUGUGCCCCGCAGUACGCUUGAGAUGCCUGUCACUUGCUCAGAGUGUGGAAAAGGGUUGUCCAAUUCCUCUCAGCUGAUGAUCCACCGGCGGAUCCACACCGGAGAGAGGCCGUUCACCUGCUCCGAGUGCGGAAAGGGCUUCACCCAGUCCGCCAACCUGAAGAGGCACCAGCAGGUCCACACGGGGGAGAGGCCGUUCAGCUGCUCCGAGUGCGGGAAGGGCUUCACCCAGUCGUCUCACCUGGCGACCCACCAGCGGGUCCACAGCGGGGAGAGGCCGUUCAUCUGUUCCGAGUGCGGCAUGUCCUUCAGCCGGUCCUCCAUCCUGGUGACCCACCGGCGAGUCCACACCAGGGAGCGGCCAUUCACCUGCACGGAGUGCGGCGUGGGGUUCAGCCGCUCGUCCAACCUGGUGACCCAUCGGCGGGUCCACACCGGGGAGAGGCCGUUCACCUGCCCCGAGUGCGGGAAGGGGUUCAGCCGCUCCUCCCACCUCCUGACCCACCGACAGGUCCACGCUGGUGAGAGGCCGUUCACCUGCUCCGAGUGCGGGAAGGGCUUCACUCAGUCCUCUUCCCUGCUGAAGCACCAGAGGGUCCACACCGGGGAGAGGCCGUUCACCUGCUCCCUGUGCGGGAAGAGCUUCACCCAGUCGACCUACCUGGUGAUGCACCAGCGGGUCCACUCCGUUGAGAGGCCGUUCACCUGCCCCGUGUGCGGGAAGGGUCUGGCCGAUUAUUCCCAGCUGCUGAGCCACCAGCGGCUCCACUCCGCCGACAAGCCGUUCCCCUGCCCAGACUGCGGGAAGGGCUUCACCCACUCGACUAAACUGAAGCGGCACCAGCGGGUCCACACCGGGGAGAGGCCCUUCACCUGCCCCGAGUGCGGGAAGAGCUUCACCCAGUCGUCUUCCCUUCUCACCCACCGGCGGGUCCACACCGGGGAGAGGCCAUUCACCUGCUCCGAGUGCGGGAUGGGGUUCAGCCGAUCGUCCGUCCUGGUGGCUCACCAGCGACGCAUCCACACGGGUGAGAGGCCCUUCACCUGCCCCGACUGCGGCAUGGGCUUCAGCCGCUCAUCCAACCUGCUGAAGCACCAGCGGGUCCACACCGGGGAGAGACCCUUCGCCUGCUCUGAGUGCGGGAAAGGCUUCACCCAGUUGUCCCAUCUGCUCGCACACCAGAGGGUCCACACUGGAGAGAGGCCGUUCACCUGCUCGGAGUGCGGGAAGGGAUUCACAGAAUCGUCCGGACUGCUGAGCCACCGGAGGGUCCACACCGGGGAGAGACCCUUCACCUGUUCCGAGUGCGGGAAGGGAUUCACCAUCUCCUCUUACCUGCUCAAACACCAGCGGGUUCACAGCGCCGUGAGGCCGUUCGCCUGCUCCGAGUGCGGGAAGGGAUUCAUUGAGUUCUCCAAACUGCAGAAACACCGGCGCGUCCACAUGGGGACGAAGAAGAUUGUGGAGGCUGUGGAGAGGGUGCAGAAGUGGUUUACCAAGUGCUGCCUUCAUGAGAAGGUUGGACGAGCGGGUGAAGCCUUUGCCGCACUCGGGGCAGGUGAACGGACGCUCACCGCCGUGUGCCCGCUGGUGCCGGAGGAGGAUGGAGCGGUGGCUAAACGCCGUCCCGCACAGGGAGCAGGUGAACUGCCGCUCGCCAGUGUGAGCCCGCUGGUGCCGGCGGAGGUGGGACGGGCAGGUGAAGCCCGUCCCGCAACGGGAGCAGGUGAAGGGGCUCUCCCCGGUAUGGAUCCGCUGGUGGGCGAGGAGGCUGGAGAGGUCUGCGAAGGCCCCCUUACACAGGGAGCAGAUGACCCGCCUGUCGGCCGUGUGCACCCUCUGGUGCCGGGCGAGGUGCGACGACCGUUAUCAGGACGCAUGCGCCCAACCGGGGAGCGCAGAGGAUCCUGGGAAGGGGCUGGCGAGCGAUCGGGAGGCGCGGCGGAGAAAAUGGCCGCGGGGGGGGAGGCGGGUGUGGACGGGGGCCUCCCGCUCGACGGCCCGCGGAAUGGGUGGCACGGAAUGAAGAGGAAGGAUCACAAAGACAUCCCUGAGGUUUCUCGAGGCUCGGCAGCUCAUUCAACUCGAGACGACUGUGAACAAAACACACUUGGCCCAUUAUCUGAUUCGCGUUUGAGUGCAGGUACUUUCUGUGCAGCAAUGAAUCAGUUUAACUGUUCUGUCUGCGGGAAAACCUUUAAGCAAUCCAGCAACCUGAUUAAACACAAGCGGGUUCACACCGGGGAGAGGCCGUUCUCCUGCGCCGAGUGUGGGAAGGCCUUCACUAAUUCCACCAACCUGCUGAGACACAAGCAGAUUCACACGGGGGAGAGGCCUUUCUCCUGCUCCGUCUGUGCCGAGAGAUUCACCCGGCUGUCUUCCCUGCUGACCCACCAGCGGCUCCACACCGGUGAGAGGCCGUUCGUCUGCGCUGAUUGUGGGAAGGGUUUCACCGAUUCCACCCGGUUGCUGAGGCACCGGCGGCUGCACAGCGGCGAGAGGCCAUUCACCUGCGCCGAUUGCGGCAAGGGCUUCACCCACUCGACUAUCCUCCUCCGACACCAGCAGAUCCACACCGGCGAGCGGCCGUUCAUCUGUACCUCCUGCGGGAAGAGCUUCAGCCGCUCAUCCCGGCUUGCCAUCCACGAGCGAGCCCACACCGGGGAGAAGCCGUACACCUGCUCCGACUGUGGCAAGGGCUUCAACCAGCUGUCCCACCAGCAGUCGCACCAGCGGAUCCACACCGGGGAGAGGCCGUUCAUCUGCGCCGACUGCGGCAGGGGCUUCAACCAGUCGUCCCACCUGCAGUCGCACCGGCGGGUCCACAAUCGGGUCCGGCCAUCCAUCUGCUCCGAAUGCGGGAAGGGCUUCAGCCGGGCAUCCAGCCUGGUCAUUCACCAGCGCAUCCACACGGGCGAGAGGCCCUUCGUCUGCUCCGAGUGCGGGAGGGGCUUCACCCAACUGUCCAACCUGCAGACCCACCAGCGCAUCCACACCGGCGAGCGGCCCUUCAACUGCUCCGAGUGUGGGAAGGGCUUCAACCAGUUGUCCCAUCUGCAGAAGCACCAGCGGGUGCACACCGAGGAGAAGCCGGCCGACGACGCUGAGCCCGCCAAGGAGCUCACUCCACCGCCACCCGUGGUGAUCCGCAGACGACGCCGGGCUCCUGCCAAGGAGAGGCUCUUCAUCUGCUCCGAGUGCGGCAAGACCUUCGGCCGCUCGUCCAGCCUCAACCUCCACCGCCGCACCCACACCGGCGAGAGGCCCUUCACCUGCUCCGAGUGCGGCAAGCGCUUCACCCAGCUGUACAACCUGCAGAUCCACCAGCGCAUCCACACCGGCGAGAGGCCCUUCACCUGCUCCGUGUGCGGCAAGGGCUUCAACCGCUCCAGCACCUUGGUGACCCACCAGCGUGUCCACACCGGCGAGAGGCCGUACAUCUGUCCCGUGUGCGGGAAGGGCUUCACCCAGUUGUCCAACCUGCACAAGCACCGGCGAAUCCACGCCAACAAGAAAACCUAACCAACCGCGGAAUAUUUAAACGACUGCCGCUGCCGAGGCCUCGGUGCGGCGUCGGAGUCUGAGGCUGCUCUUCGCGCCCAGGAUUUCAACAUUGGUCCUUGGUCGCUGGGCAGAGUUGGGUUCCGUUUCUGCUGAUGUUAUUAAAACCUGUAACUUGAGUUGGAGUGUGAAAGUCCUGGAUCUGUGUAAAAUAAAUCGGUUGUGUUUUAAA